CUCAAUUCGUGUAUUGGCGUGCAAAUUUGUCAUGUGAAGCUGAAAAUCCCGUUGAACGAAUUAGUCGUGAUUGCUGAUGAUGGACAGCAACAUUGUCCGAAAUGCAUUCAGGUUAGCAUUAAAUUUAUUUCAAUAAUUUAAUCCGACUCCAGUAGAGUCAAUAAGGUGAAAAAUUGACAUUCAUUGGAAUGUAUUUAAGUGAAAAACAGACGUAAUUACAUUAAAAAGAGCGAAACAAGCAGACAUAUACAUUUGAAUGUAUUUGUUGAGUGUGUGACUCGGUGUGAUUGUGUUAAUUUCCUUUGGCUGUGAUUGCAAUUUGCAACGAAGGAGAAGUAGAAUGGAAUGUGGAACUCGUUCACAUUUACAAAUACAUUAUGUAUUGUUGGAGUAGAAUCUGUGUUUGUAGUGUGUAUAUCGUUGACACUUGAUUUGUGACGUUGCAUAGUCAUGAUAUUGCUAAUUCGCAGACAGUUCAAAAAAAUGUAAUGUAUUUCAAAAUUUUCGUGGAAAGAGGAAUCAUUUGUCGUAAUUUCAUCAUCUCAUAAAAUUGGUCUGUUCUGUUUGUGGAAAGACUUCACAUGAAGUGGUAGCGUUGUAAAACAGUGAUUGAUUUGCAUUUUUCUUUUCAAGUUCGGUUUAUUUUUAAAUAACAAUUUGAAUAAUACACAACUCGAUCGUUUUGGUUAUUGAAUAAAAUAGUCGUAUCCUUUGAAGAAAAAAAACAAUAAUUCAAUAGUUAAAAAUGAGCUGUGAAGAAACAUUUAAUCUACAAUCAAUUGAAGAAUCGGAUGGUUUUGAGGAAAAUGGUUUAAUACUUAACGAUAUUUAUUUGCCGAUUGAAUUAAUUCAGCGCAUAAUGAGUUAUGCCGAUGAAAAAUCAUGGCUGAAUUACCAAUUAGUUUGUAAACGAUGGAACGAGACCAUAAUGGACUAUGUUUGGCGAAAGAAGGCUGAGACUAAAACUGGCCACAAAUUUUCUUUGAACACCGUUCUGGAUUGGAAAGACUUUUAUUUGAUCUGCGCGAAAAAUUUAUACGGGAGAAAUUUGCUGAAAAAUCAUUCGGGAGAAGAGGAAUUUAAACACUGGAUACUGGUGCAAAAUGAUUUUGCAGCUUGGAACUAUGUACGUGAUACGGAUUCAAAUGAUUCUGAUGACAAUAUAGAUGGUAUCUCAGACGAGGAAUCGGAUGGCGGAGAAGAUAGCGACGGAAAUAUCCAAAUCAAUGGUGAAGCCGAAAGCAGCUCAAGCGAAAUUGAUGGCGAUAGCGAUAGCGAUAGCGAUAUUGAUGGAAAUAUCAGCAUCGAUGGCGCCAAUCAUAAAGACCACGAAUCUAGUGAUGACAACGCAAGUUCACACAGUAAUAGAGAUAAUGAAAAUAUGAAUCGCAACGACAAUGGAAACGAUACUGACAAUGACACCGACAAUGGAAACCUAAACGUCAUUGAGAUCGAUAGUGAAAAUGAACAUCACAGCAACAGCGACCGUGAGAACGACAGCACCAGCGACAGUGAUAAUGACAUUAACGAUAGUAAUUAUGACACCAACGAUGAUGGAGAUUAUCUACAAGCAAAUUACAUGGGUGGAUGGAUCGUUGAAUGUCCUCCGUAUGGUGCACCACUUCCGCCACCACAACCAGAGUUUGAAGACAAAGAACAUUGUUUCGUCACAACUUAUUAUGAUUGCUACAAAGAGCAAGUAAUCGACUUGAUCAAAGAAGGUUUCUCGACCAAGAUUUUAGACCAGGAACCACCAAUUGAGAUAAAUGAAUGGUAUUGCUGCCGGUGGGAUUGUGAAGCAUUGUACAACAUGCGUGUACGUUUAUUGAACCAAUCUCAUGAAACACUUGAUGAAUUUGUUUUCAAAGAUAUUUUGGAAGGACCCCGGCUGAAUAUUUGGUUCAAUGUGAAGCACGAAUUUAAGAACUACGGCAAAGGAUUACGAAAAAUACGCUUCGUCGAUGGAGGUCGUGAUCGCCAAUUCUGGGCCGGACAUUAUGGAUCCAAAAUGGCUGGAGCUUAUGUCAAAGCCAAAAUUCCAGAAGGUUUAUGAGAAACAAGCGAACAAAUGAUGACAUCUGCAUUUCUUUGUCAACGUCUUUGGCUAUAGUGCUUCAAAAUCACCAAUCUAUUCAUGACAAAAAUCGGUCCAUUUAUGUAUUUAUAAAUAAUACAUUCAUUUCUUGGGUCUUAUCCAGGGACUACUAAAAAAAUCUCAUUAAAUUUUAAGCUUGGUUUUAGUUCAUACCUGACAUUUUAACUAACAUUCACAUCGAUGUAUCUCAGGCUGUUUUACUGUGCCAGUUGAAAGUACUUUUGCUAUGAUUUUAUUUACACCAAAGUGAGGAAAUAUUCAAAUAAAAUCAAAAAAGAGUUAAUUUGUUAAAUCGAAUAUAUUAUUGAAUUAUAUUUUUUCAUCAGAUAAUAAAUUAAUCGUGCAAGUUUGGUAUCGUUGGAUAAAGUUUCUUUCAAAUUUCAUGCGAAAUACAAAUGAUUUGGAAAAGCAACGUUCAUCGUGAAGUUAGUUCAUAGUUGCAUAUAUCAUUUUGACAUUGACAGUUCUUGGCCCGAGAUAAUAGCAUAUACAUGUAUUUAUUUUGUAUUCAUAAACACUUGCUGUUGAUAAGCAAUGAUUCAUUGCAAUUAAUAAGAAUUCUAUUGCUACAGACGACGAAAUUCUAUUGUUUUCUGAAGUUUAUUUAAACAUAAAGUGUAAAUUCGUAGUGAGAGGAAAAACAGAAAAACUUUUACAGCGUUCACUCAAAUCACUAAAUCGGAAUCAUUUCAUCAUUCGUUCAAAAUGGGUAAAAUUGCGUCGAGAAAUGUGCCAGAAGAUUCCGAUGAACUUGUCAACAAUGGUUUAGUACUGAAAAAUGUGGAAAUACCACCGGAAUUGAUUGAGCACAUAUUAUUCUACGUCGAUGUGAAAUCAUUGUUGAAAUGCCGUCGUGUGUGCAAAUGCUGGAACGAGAUAAUAACAAAUCAUGUUUGGCGUAAAAAGGCUGAGAACAGAACGGGUUGUAAAUUUACUUCAGAAACAAUUUCCGAAUGGAAAGACUUUUAUUUGAUAUGUUGUGGUUUAUUUGGAAGAAAUUUGGUGAAAAAUCAUUCCGGCAAAGAAAAAUUCAAGCAUUGGCAAAUUACAGAAAAUUAUGGUGAUUGCUGGGCCAUUGAAUGUCCACCGAUUGGUGCACCUGUACUAGAAUCGGAUGCCGAAUUUGAAAAUAAACAGCAUUGUUUUGUGACUUCCUACGGUGAAUGUCGUAAAUAUUAUACGGUGGACUUGAUUAAAGAAGGAUUUACAGUGAAUAUUUUGGAUCAUUUGCAACCACCCAUUGAGAUAAGUGAAUGGUAUUGUUCCCGAUUUGAUUGUGCAGCAGUGUACAAUAUUCACGUGUAUUUAUUCAACCAGUCUGGUGAAACAAUCGAUGAAUUCAUCUUCGAUGAUACUUUAGUGGAAGAUCGACAGAAUAUUUGGUUCAACGUGAAACACGAAUUUAAGAACUACGGGCAAGGCUUAAGAAAAAUACGAUUCGUCCAUGGGGGUUGUGACCGGCAAUUUUGGGCAGGACAUUUUGGGUGCAAAAUGGCCAGAUCAUGUGUUAAAGUCAAAGUUCCAGUUCGAGAAGAUUAAGUUCCAGUUAAUAAGGAAAACCAAUGAUAAUGUUCAAUCAGAAGUGACAACAAGAACUCUAUCGCUAGUGCAGUUUAUCAAAUUAAACUAUAGUCACCUUGCAAUUACAUGCACAUUAAAAGUAUUUUACUCUUCAGCUAUCUAAUUGAAUUAUCUCAGGUCACCGCACUUCAUUCUUCGAUAAGUUGUGAAAUUUUCAUCAAUCAAAAUGAAGAAUUGAACAAAUUGUUUUUAAAUCAAACCAAAUUAAUCUUACAACGUCAAAUAAUAUUAUAAAUAAAGUAUGUUUUAUCAACAAA